AUGGGCUUAUGGGCAGAAGUGAGGUCCUCAAUGGUUAAACACAUGAAGAAGGUGGAAACUUUGUUGGGAGCUGUAAUGGCGAGCAAGUUUGGGAGACAGAGACGCAGCUUCGUGAAUGCGAGGGUGAAAUGGGUCGGCGAUCCGUACCUGGACGAAGUUGUGGAGCGAGAGAAAAACCUGAAGCAAGUUUUGUCUCUUAAAGAUCGGAUCGUAUCGUCUCCUUCCAAAUCACUGCCUCUCUCUUCCCUCUCCCUCCUCAAGCCACUCGUCAACCUCCCAUUAACCGCCGCGGCGUUUUGCCAGAAAUACCCUCGCGUGUUCGCCACUUUUCAGCCUUCCCCUCGUCUCCCUCUCCACAUUCGCCUCACUCCGCAAGCCCUCAGCCUCCACACCGAAGAAGAGACUAUUCACCUAUCUCCGCCUCACCGGAAUGCCACAGUUCAACGCUUGGCCAAAUUCUUGUUGCUUACCCGAGCCCAAUGUCUCCCUCUUUAUCUCCUCGACCGUUUCAGGCUCGAUCUAGGUCUCCCUCACGAUUACAUUACUUCGCUCAUCCCUGAUUUCCCUGAUUACUUUCAAGUCACGGAGAUCAAGGAUCGCUUCACGGGUGACAAGAUGCUUGCCUUGGCGCUUUCUUCUUGGUCGAAUGCCCUUGCUGUCUCCGAAUUGGAGAGAAGAGAAGCCAUCAUUGACGGGUCUCGCGUGCGCAUAAGGUAUUCGAUGAAUUUCCCCAAAGGGUAUGAAUUGCAGAAAAGGGUGAAGAAUUGGGUGGACCAAUGGCAGAAUCUUCCCUACAUCUCACCUUAUGAAAACGCUUUUCACUUGGCUCCCAGCAGCGAUCAGGCUGAGAAGUGGGCAGUUGCAGUACUCCAUGAGCUUAUGUGCCUCUUAGUGUGCAAGAAGACUGAGACAGACAAUGUGCUUUGCUUGGGGGACUAUUUAGGGUUCGGGAUAAGGUUCAAGAAGGCUUUGGUGCACCACCCGGGCAUAUUCUACAUGUCACACAAGAUUCGCACCCAGACUCUUGUGUUAAGGGAAGCCUACCACAAAACUUUCUUGCUAGAGAGGCAUCCGUUGAUGGGGAUGAGACAUAGAUACAUUUACCUCAUGAGCAAAUCAGAGACCCUAAAGAAACGAAACUCUGUUCACGACGCAACCAAAAUACCAGAGAGCAAUCAAAGCUUGUGA